UUUUGUAUUUGUUUUCAAUAAUUGGUUGAAAAAUCUUAAAGCUAUAUAUAGCUUGUUAUGCAACCAAGAAAUGAAGCAUAAGAGAAGAGAGAUGAGUGGCUCUGUAUCAUGGGUCUUCCGUUACAUGGGCCUUCUUCUUCUUCUUCUUCUUCUUCCUCCUCUUCAGCUCAAUAUCGUACACCACGAAAUGCAAUUAGCGGCGGCAGCUGUCAUGGAUCUCACUGAGGGGUUCGUCGCCGUCCCACUAAAUCCUGGAUUAAAUAUGGAGAUCCAAAAGCCUUAUAACAUUGCUGCAGAAGACAGAUACAGCUUUAAAGAUGGAAUCCAUAAGUUGUGGGUGUUCAGCACAGACAAACCCCACACCACCUCCAGCAAAACUGAACCCCGAACUGAGAUUCGUAUCAAGGGAUACGAUUACUCCUCUGGUGUAUGGCAACUCGAAGGGCAAGGAUACGUUCCCAGUGGAACAUCUGGUGUCUGCAUAAUGCAGGUUUUCGGACCUGCAAAUUAUCAUUCUACAGCCCUAAUGCUUAGAGUUUACAAUGGCAGUCUCUCAUACUACAGGAAUCCAGUGUUGGACGAAAACAUGUACGACAAAUGGUUUCGGCUAAACGUCAUCCAUGAUGUAGCUGCCCGCAAAGUGAAGGUUUACAUUGAUGGGGUUCUCAAGCUUGAAGAUUCAGUCAUAAUUGAACCUCGAUCCUCUCAUUACUUCAAGUUGGGAGUUUAUGCACAGAAUGAUUGUUCUUACCGUAUGGAGUCCCGUUGGAAGGACAUCAAAGUUCUCAAGAAACGUGUUUGAUUUCCGACUAUAUAUCACCAAGUUUGAAUCAUAUAUAUGUCAUCCUACAGAACUUGAUGUCAAUUAUAUUAAAUAAAUGAUGGAUAUAUGGAUGUCGCCUGGCUAGCUACUUUCUCAAGUAUAAAUUUGUUUGCUUUUGAAUGAUCAAGCUAGCUAGCUAGUAAUUAAG